AUGGAAAUUCCAAAGAGAUUCAAAGGAAAAGUUGCGAUCGUGACUGCUUCAACACAGGGAAUUGGUUUCAGCAUAGCCGAGAGACUUGGUUUGGAAGGUGCUUCUGUUGUUAUCUCUUCUCGCAGACAGAAAAAUGUUGAUGUGGCUGCUGAGAAACUUAGGGCUAAAGGAAUUGAUGUGUUUGCUGUUGUUUGUCAUGUGUCUAAUGGUCAACAGAGGAAGGAUUUGAUUGAUAAAACUGUCCAGAAGUAUGGAAAGAUAGAUGUUGUUGUGUCCAACGCUGCUGCAAAUCCUUCUGUCGAUUCCAUUCUGAAAACACAAGAGUCGGUCCUUGACAAGUUAUGGGAGAUAAAUGUCAAAGCCUCUAUACUCCUUCUGAAGGAUGCGGCUCCUCACAUGCAAAAGGGUUCAUCCGUUGUUAUCAUUUCAUCAAUUUCUGGUUAUCACCCACCAGCUACUAUGGCUAUGUAUGGGGUGACCAAAACAGCCCUUUUUGGACUUACCAAAGCCCUUGCUGCUGAGAUGGCCCCUAACACUCGUGUAAACUGUAUUGCUCCUGGUUUUGUACCGACUAAUUUUGCUUCAUUCAUUACCAAUAAUGCUGCUAUGAGAAAGGAGCUUGAACAGCAGACAUUACUUAGAAGGCUUGGUACAACUGAAGACAUGGGUGCUGCUACAGCUUUUUUGGCAUCUGAUGACGCAUCUUAUAUAACAGGAGAAACUAUAGUAGUUUCUGGCGGAAUGCCAUCGAGACUGUAG